AUGUACUCUUCUGCCGACGGCAAGUCUGUCACAGUGAGCCCGCGACUGAGCACGGGCAACACCGAACCCGUCUGGACGCCAGACGUGCACAUCGCCGUCAACGACGGCACCACCAUCAACAGCAACUCAGACAUGAUCGUCAACGCCACCUGCAAGCGCUGCCGCGCGUUGGGGAGCGGCCUCCCUUCCAUCCAAACGUCCGCCGCCGCGCCGAUCAUGUUCGCCGUCGGCCCCAGCCUGGACCUCAACUCGGACGACCUCGACGCCCGCAUCCGACGCCACGCCGCCUACGGCCAAACAACGCUGGACCUAAGCAAGGCCGUGGGGCCGGGCGGCAUCGCGCUCGACGCGGCGGGCAACGUGUCGUCGCCGGCGGCCAGCACGACGCUGGCGCGCGACGACCUGCACUCGGACGGCGACCCCGCCGCGUGGGCGCACGGCAUCCUGUACGCCGUCGUCGCGCUGGCGCUGGCCCCGCUCGACUCGCUUGUCGCCGGCGCGCUCGGCCGUCGCUGGCCGUGCGUGCACGGCGUGUCUGCCUCGCUGUACUUCGCGUUUGUCAUUGGGGCUAUGGUCCCUGGCGUGUUGGUUAGUCGCGAGCAUGUUUUGACGCAGCAGUACCGCACCCCGCACCAGGUCAUCGGCCUGCUGACCGUCGUCGCCAUGGCCGUCAUGUUCCUCUGGGGCUUCGCCCUGUCCUGGAUAACCCGCGCGGCCAAGAGGCGCGGCCAGCAGCCGCCCGAGGGCACCCGGCUGCUGGCGGCCGUCCACCGGUGGGUCAGCCGGCUGAUCUGGGUGCUUCUGCUGGUCAACGUUGGGCUCGGCAUGAAAUUGUCCGAGGAGAAGCUGGCGCUGUGCUUGGCCUAUGCCGCGCUCGCCCUCGGCGUCGUGGUCAUCCUGAUCCCUGUCUACUUCUGCAUCUGGAGGUGCUUGAAGCACAAGGAGAAGAAGGACGAGACUCAUGAGCUCACCAUCUAUGACCACCACUAAGCCUAUGGACGGAGUUGUUUUCCGAGGACAUCGGUUCGGGAGGCGUGGAGUUGGCUGGUUCGCGGGUUGUCCUCUCUGGCGCUGGAUCGUUCCUUGUUAUUUCUGACUGUUGUUCCGGUUAGAUCUGUUCUCGCCCGAAUGUGACAGAGUGUCUUCGAUCAGUCGGUGUAGUUGCACUACUUGACGUUCGCUGCCACAACGACUGACAAG